CUCAGCAGUGCCGGCUUUGGCGAACAGCACGCGCUUGUGCGGUGGCGUCCCCUGGCGGCCGAAGUCGACCGUUCUAGCGGGCGAGAGAGAGAAAGAAGCAGAGACGCGAGGGCGAGGGCAAAGCCGGUCGAAGACGCGCUUUGCAGGGCAGCGCUUCGCUUCCACUUGUUGACGGGUGGCCGCCGGUGCGAGAUGUGGCCCUUCCCGAAUCUCGCCGCUUCGACCUCGCCGCCGCCGUCCCCUUCGACGACGCUCAUCGGCACCGGAGCGACGCCGUCGCCUCAGCUGCUCCAAACUUCCUCGCCACUCCUAACUGCGCUCCCUUCAUACUGAGAGAGAAGAAAGAUAAACACAGCGCUGCGCCCCCUUCCCUUCGACUAGCUUUCCCACCGCUGUGCGCCUCCCUGGGUGCGUGUUCGUGCGGAUCUCACUUUUGGGAGUUUCGCUUUCGGGUUCUCGCCCUGUCGCGAGGAACAGUGCGCGCGUGGUCGACGUUCUCAACCGUGUGUGCAGCUCCCUGAGCGGACGUUUCCUUCCCAUUUUCUCUUCUUUUCUUUCGGCAACAGGGCACUCUGUUACUGCGUGAUAGCUUUUAUUCAUUUAUUUUUUAUCGUGCUCCCGACCAACACACUGGAUACCGCUGCAAUGUGUGAUACGAGAAACCGCUGGCGGGCCUGGAUUCUGGGCUCCGCGCUCUGUGUCCUCCUGCUGCGCGGACCUCGGCCCGGGAUAGCCUACGAAGAUGGUGCCGGCGUCCCGUCAGUGGUCACGAGCCGCGUGGGCGGCGACGCUGCACUGCCGUGCCACCUCCGGCACGCCACGCAGGACUCGUGGGCCGUGUCCGUAUCAUGGUUCAAGCGCGGCCUCUCGGGACCCGUCUACACCGUGGACAUGGGCUCGGGGAAUUUCCUCCAGGCUAGGCACCGGCCGGCGCACCUAUGGGCUGGACGCGCCUACUUCUCUUCGGCCGACGAACCGGCGCUACUGAUGAUCGGAGACGUUGCCGCGACCGACGCCGGACUCUACGUCUGUGCGGCGUCGUUCGCCAGUGGUGCUCAGCGCAAUUCCACGGUGCGAUUCGUCGUAGUCGUUCCCCCGGAGACACCCGUCAUCAGAGACAAAUUUGGCAACAAAGUGAACAAGGUGGCCGGCCCUUAUCGAGAAGGCGAAUCACUGACGCUCACAUGUGAAGUCAACGGAGGCGUCCCGGAGCCGACGGUGACCUGGUGGCGCAACGGCACCGAGCAGCUCCACCACACGGCCGACAGCUCGUCGCACGGCGUCUCCCGGUCCACGCUGGAGCUGCCGCAGCUGCACCGGCACGACCUGAACGCGUCGCUCGUGUGCAAGGCCUCGAACCACAACGGAACCUACGUAGUCACCAGCGCCGUCUCGCUCGACCUGUACCUGAAACCAUCCAUGGUGCGCAUCCGGUCCAAGCAGCGUCCACUGGCGGCAGGACUCCCGGCGGAAAUUGAGUGUGAGGCGGCAGGAUCCCGACCACCACCCGUGAUUACCUGGUGGCGCGGGAAGGCCAAGAUAUCCGCAGACCACGUGAAGAUGAUGCCCAUAGGAAAUCGCGUCUUCUCAGUGGUCACCUACACCCCUACUAGAGAGGAUAAUGGCAAGCGACUUCGGUGCGUCGCCGAAAACCCGAACAUUGUAGGAAGCUUCAUCGAAGCGUCGUACAGCCUUGACGUUCACUACAAGCCACUGGUGACGCUUCAGCUGGGCAAGCGACUGAGGCUGGAGGAGAUCUUCGAAGGGCAGGACGUGUAUCUGGAGUGCAGCAUCGAUGCCAAUCCGCGCGUGAGCGAAGUGGUGUGGCGCUUCGAAGGCAGCCAGGAUGUUCACUCGGACCCGGCGGCCAAGGUGAUCACGAGCAACCAGUCCCUCGUGUUCCAGGCCAUCCAGCGUCUGAACGCUGGUCGCUACACCUGCGUCGCCAUUAACACCGAGGGCGAGUCGGUCAGCAACGAGCUCCACCUAAAAGUACAGUACUCUCCGGUGUGCUCCAUUCGGCAGCGGGUCGUGUACCCGGCGGCGGCGCACGAGAUGCUCCAGGUGUCGUGCGAGGUGGACGCGCACCCGUCGGCCGUCAGUUUCCAGUGGGCGUUCAACGGCAGCCUGCGCAACCACGAGCUUCAGACCUUCGUGUCCGAGGGCAGCCGUAGCGUGGCGUCGUACGUUCCCCGCGACAAGGCCGACUACGGCACGCUCCUCUGCUGGGCCACCAACAAGAUCGGUCGACAGAAGGAGCCCUGCCGCUUCCAGAUCGUACCCAUAGGUCCUCCCAAAGCCCCGUACAACUGCACGCUGAGCAACCAGACGGAAGACGCGUUCCUGGCCGAGUGCCGAGAAGAUCCGAGCGGUGGCGGCGGGAUGCGCCAGGUCUACAGCCUCGAAGUGCACGACAUCUCGUGCCACCGGCUGCUGGCCAACCUGAGCGCAGAGAGACCCGCGUUCUGGGUCCAAGGCGUGCCUGCGGGGCUCAACUACGUCCUCGUGCUCUAUGCCGUCAACGAGAUGGGCCGUUCGCAGCCGGUGCUGCUACGCGCAGAGGCGGCAGACCGCUACUGGGACGGCACUUCGCGGCACGGGAGCGAGUGGAGCGGAUGCGAGCAGAGCAACUCUCUCGUCGUCAUCCUCAUCGCGGUCACCUUCGCUGCCGUCUUCUUCCUCUUCCUGCUCGUCAUAAUGGCACGCUGCCGGACCAAGAGGCAGCGCCUGAAAGCCAACGCUGGCGACAAAAUUGUGCAAAACGGAAAAACGUCCCCUCGACCUUGCGACGGACCGGUCAACAUGACAACCUUCAACUGCGUCGAGGGUGACGACCUCCGUCCGACCGUGUUGGAGACGUCGCCGACAAAGCCGCCAUUCCACGCCGACUACAUAACCAAUGUGAACAACCACACCCCGUAUUUCUGCCGCCAGAAGAUCGUGGACUUCUGAUAUCCGGACGUGCUCUCCGCGAGCAGCGGAAAGGAGGUCCCACGCAUGACUACCUUCGGCGGCGGUGCUACUUCGCAGGGAAACAGCGACACUUCGUGAAGAGAUGCUCCGCUAGAGGACGCAAGCUGACCAGUGGAAUCAAGGACUCAGGGUGGAGAAAGCGUUAAUGAUACCUAGUCAUUCAUGAGGGGUGGUACCCUGAGUGCAGGAAUGGACGUCCAGCGCGCGAAAGUAACCCUGUGUCCGAAGAUAAUGGUCCCGUGGCGACAUUCGGGGUCUGCAAUUCCUAAGAAGACAUGGUAUACUGGGCGGUGCUCGAAAACUGUCGACCCUGGUGCGCCGUCAUUCCUUCGAUGACACAGUUCGUCGAAAAACAAGGAGCACUGACGUGCUCAGCAGAACUUGCUUCUGGAGCGCGUGACUACGCCGGGAGACACGAAGGAGUCUCUGAAAACUUUCACGAUGCGCCAGGUGUGCCAUGGUCCUUGUUACACUGGUGUGACUGUGGUGUGUGAACUGCAAGUUAUUCAUGCGCUAGCGAUAAUACUCUACAAAGGUUUCUGCUAGAGCCAUGUACUGGGAAAAGACUGGGAACGAAGCAGCGUACAUUGCGCUGGUGUGCGCUGUUGACUGCCAUGAUGCCAAAAGAAAACAUGGAAGUGAACAUGAACAAUAGGUGCUGUGUCGCGGCCAAGAUGCAUACAUACCGACGUAAAUACUGCGCGAGUGGAGAACAAAGAAUAUACUCACCUUACGAUAUACGUCCUAAAGACACUCACGUACUUGAGCUUCGCAGAGAGACGUUCCGUCGUGCUCAUUCUAUAGGCAUUUAAGGAUCUCUUGUGAUGUGUGCGGGCACAAACUCCCAUUCUCUCCAUCCCUUCGUGUCUGUUGAAUACUCACAGUGUGGCCAUGUUUUUCUCGUA